GGGAAUUUAAACUUUUACAUAUUUCACUUACAAACAAACGAACUCAUCAGCAACGACAAGAGGCACGCGCACGUUUCAUUUGGCUUCGCGCUUCGGGCAGAACACAUAUUUUUUGUUUUCUGGGGAGUGCCCUCCGACCAAUCAAGUUACGGUAGCAUUCCGGUAGUGGGGAGGCACAGCAGCCACACCGGCACACAUACACGCGUACAUCAGGCGUUUUCUCGGCCAGGGAUUGUCAUCUAUAUCCCUGUGAUUGCGUGUGUUGUUUUUUUGUUUUUCUUCAAAUCAUUAUUAUUCCGUGUAGGAGGAGGAGUGUGUGUGUGCGUGCGUGUGUGUGCUCGUCAGAGCUUCGACUGGUGCCUCUCUCCCUCUCUAUCGCACCUCGUAAAAUAGAUAAAAGUUAUAUAAGCAUACAAGCACCGCGUUGACAGCUACAAGAGGAGGUCGGAUGAGACGGAAGAGUAAGGAGAAAAGCAGCUAUAGUUUGGACCUCUCCUGACGAGUCGGCAUCGCGCGGCGUAAACCCUCGUGUUCUUCUCCUUCCCUUGUGGCUCCUCGAUUGAUCCUACGCAAGACAGUGACCGCGGUCACCUUCGGAAAAGGGGAAAAGUUUUAGGGAAAAAACAAGGCGACGACGCGACAGCUGGAAUCACCGUGUCUUGUCGUCCCGUCAUCAUCAGCACAAUUAUUGUGGUGGUUGUCAUCACCACUUGUGUGUGUGUGUGUGUGUCUGCUACGCUCUUCUUGCCUAAAACCACCCUUUUUCUCACGGUAAAAGAAAAACGUUGAGUGAGAGAGAGAGAGAGGAGAAGCAGACAGGUGAGUUGGAGUUUUCUUUUUAUCUUCGGUGGUGUUGUUCCCGUUGGCCUCAGUCCAUCUUACAAGAGGCGGCCACACACGCAACAACGAACGCCACGUCAUGUCGUACAAGUACCAAGAAGAAGAGGAGCCGACCGACCCAGGCAUUGUCGCACUGGCUGCAAAUGUCCAGCAACUAACCGGCGACAUCAGCGGGCCGUUCCGCAAGGGGGAGUUUACGAUGGUGCUGCAGCAGUUCGAUAUGCUGAUGGCCGCCUCAGCUGUCGAGGAGGUCGCCGCCCGCGCGCUUGACUUCCGUGACGAAAUGCGGAUCCUCGACGUCCUCGGCAGCUCGCUCAACGUGCUCGACGCAGACUUUUUGCACUGGCGGCUGACAACGCCGCAGGGACGCAUGGUGGGCGUGGAGGGGAACUACGCUCUGCCGCGGCCGUCGAACGUGUCCGUCAACGCGUACCAGCUCUUCGAACUCGAGCACCGCAUUGAGGAGUCGUGGGGACAGGCGCUGCUGGCGGCGAUGCGGCUGAUGCCCGACGAGCAGGAGCACCACGAGGAAAUCGUGAACGACUUCGAGCGGCUGUUUGAGCGCUGCUCCGACUACCUGCGCUCCCUGCUGCAGGAGACCUCGGAUGCGAUUCAUCUGCUGGACGUGACGGUGAUGGACCCGACGGAGGUGUCCGCGCAGUACGUCGUGUGUGCCGCACUGCUCAAGCACCCGCCGCAGGAGGUGGAAACGCUGGUGACGCUGGUGUCGUACAUGCGGCAGCGCUCCAUCCCGCUGUCGAUCGCCGCCGCGGAGUUGAUGGAGCGCAUUUACGUUCGCUUCAUGAAGGGCCCGGCGGUGGCCGAUGUCUUCAAGAAGGUGACGGCGGUCGGUAUCAUCCCGCUCUCCGCGCGGCCUUUCGCGAUGCUCUUCAACAACUUAACGGACUCGAACGCGGUGCUGGACGCGUACGACGUCAUGCUCGACUACGGCAUUGCCCCCGAGGCGUCGACGCUGCGGAUUCUGUGCAAGCAGUCGCGGAUGGAAUACGCAAAGCUGCACUUCACGACGGUGCUGAAGAACAUGGCCACCUCGACGGAUGGCGCCACCGCCGCCGCAGCAGCAGCGAUGCCGGUGACGGCAACGAACAGCCAGUCGCAGACGCCCUCGCCUUCACCACCGCCGCGCUCGCCUGCUCCGACGUCGGCGGGACCCGCAGCCGCAGCGAACAGCAAUUCCGCGAGCAGCAGCGCCGCAAACGUGGCCCCCGUCCCCGCUUCCGUUUCUGCCGCCGCCGCCGCACACGCGGCCUCGCGCCGUCGCGAUGAGCGUUCCUACUUUGCGCAGCGCAUUCAAGUCAUGAUCGAGAAGGACCCGAAUGUGUCGCUGCUGGCUGCGCUGAAGGUGCUGCACCGGGCCGAGGUGGAGGGGACAACGCUGCAGGGCGACACCUACAUUAUGUCUGCGUUGCUGCGCCACUACUGCCGUGGCAUCACGCCGCGCAAGUACUUGGUGUUGCCGUUUACGGAGUCGCUCGCGUACUGCCCGAAGCACGUGGCGGACGACGGAAGGAGGGCGGCUGCGGCUGAGGCGGGUGCGGAGGACGCGGUGGGCGGCGAAGAACGCGAGGGCGGGAGCUCGAAGAAGUUCGAGACGGUCAACGCCUUCGCUUUUGGUCUCGACGACACCGGAGAUGAACUGCUGGAGGAGGAAGGGAAGAGCACGAUCAACGACGAGUCCCUCCAGCCCCUUUCCGGUUCAGCGGGGCGCCGCGGGGGAGGCGGGGACCACGACGCGGGAAAAGGGCGCCGCGCUCAACGCGCCGCGCCGCGUGACCCGUACAUCGCCGACAGCUCCGAGGAGGGCGACUACAUCUUGGAGGUGCUCAAGUCGUACGGCUCCUACCCGGACAACAACGUUCUGCAGGCCAUCUCCGCGCAGUACGAGGGUCGGGUGCCGGAGAUGGAGAUCGUGGCCAAGGCGGCGGACGCCUUCUUUGAAGGUUGCAUGGCGUCUCAGGGCACGAUGGAGCCAGUGAACUGCCGUGUGCUGCACGCGCUGGGCUACUACUUCAUUGACAACCGUUGGCGAGAUCGGGCGCAUCAGCUGCUGUACAAGGUGCUGGAGAUGUAUCACGCCUAUCAGGUGCAGUUCCACGCAGACCUUGGCGGCACGGAGAAGUGGUUCUGCUACUUCGCGGUGAUCGUCGGCACUAAAACUGGUCCGCUGGACCUCGGGAUCGGGCUGUUCACCGUGGCGCUGGCGCUGGGCGACAAACUGAUCAACCCAAAGGUGCCGACGAAGCUGACGGUGAAGCGCGACUCAUCUGAGAACGUGAUUGAGGUGAUUGAGGAACUGGAGCGGUGUGGUUGGGACCGCAACACAAUUCUGUGCUGCGACGCGCUGAUGCUGGAGCCGCAGGAACGUGCGCAGGCCGAGGGCGCGAGCGAGGGUGACAACAGCGGCGCCUCCGGUAGUGGUGGCGGUGGCGUGUACGGCCUGUCGGAGGAUCUCGGCAAGGACAGCAUAUACACCAGCGCUGCUCAAGGGCCGAGCUCGUUUGCCAACGCCCAUCUUCUUUCGGCGCGUCCGAGUCUCGCGACGUACAUGUACGUGGCGCUGCGGGAGCUGGGCGUGGAGAAGGCGACGAUGAACUGGUUGCGCGACAAACUGAAGGUGGCACGUGCGGAGGCGCUGGCGACGGCGGCGGCGGCCACCGGCUCUGCGGCGAACUAG